UCCCCAACACGGCCACUGUGGACCAAAGAGCGGAAAGAUGCGGACUCUCUACGUGUUGCUGGUGUUGGUAGUCGUCAGUGUACUAGUUGUGGAUGCUAAAAGAAGGAAAACGGGCAAGCAUUCCGAUGGUAGAUUACGGAAGAUGUGGCGAACUUGCGUUAGUCUCAAAGCGAAAGCCAAUAGUACAACCACACUGACCAAGAAGGAAGAACAUACGUUAAGCAGCAAAAUAUGCCGGAAAGUGUUAAAGAAAUGGAAAAUCAGAAAACAUAAAAUGACGGCAUGCAAGGCAAUCAGGGCUAAACCGAAAACAACACGAACGGAGGAAGAGGACAAGAUGGCGGAGAGCGUGCUUUGCAAAAAAUUCGCCAAACACGGAAAGAAGACGCACUCGAGCGGUAAAAGAAAGCAUGGCAAAGGAGAAAAAAAAGGACACGUGACGAAAAUGUUGAAACCAUGUCUGGCCCUUAAAGCCAAAAAUGACAACGAAACAGUUACUUUGACCAAAAAGGAGUCUAAGACAUUGAACAGCAAAGUUUGCAAGAGGAUUUUUACAUGGUUAGCUAAAGCGGCUAAAUGCAAAGCAAUAAUCGAUAAGGCCAAGGAGAAUUUGACCAAAGAAGACAAAACCUUGAGCAAGAAGACGUGGUGCAAACGCAAGUUGGAAAUGAUAAGAGAGAAAAGGGCCAAGGGACGGCAUCAUAAGAAGAAUGACCGUUCUGUUGCCAGUGGAGGCAAGGUUGAAAACGUCAACAAGGUCAAAAACCCGAAAAGGUCAAACAGUCGUCAUGGAGCAAAAAAAGGCCGGCGAACUUCUUCAUAUUGGUCCAGGAGGCGUCAAGGUAUUGCGAAAUGUAGAGAAAUUUUAAGGGCCAAAGGGAAAGGCCGCAAGACGAAGAUUAAAGCACAUCAAGAGUGCGUCCGUAAGGUGAUGAGAAAAAUUAACCUCGAGGAUAAUAAUCGAUGCCAGCCAAUCACCAAAGUCUACAACAGCUCGUCUCCAAUCAAAUAUGAGGGCUAUGCUGCUGGCAGUGUCAAACCAACCAACGAUAGCGAGGGUUGUAGCGCCAAGUGUGAACGCAGGAGCAUCCACGGUUGCCGAUCCGCUGUUUUCAUCGAAGGGGCCAACAUGUGUGUUCUUCUUACGAAGUUGCCGACAACCGCGUUGAACCGAGUUCCAUCCAACACAACCGGAUUGUUACGGCCUUGUGAGGCGUGUACAACUUCCAUUCGAUUCUGUAAUGGGACUGCCCCAGCCCAACCACGGCGAAAGCAGAUGAAAUUGAACAGCAAAAGGGGAAAAAGGCGCUCCAACCGGCUUAACCUGAGAAAGAAGCACCGCCGGGGACGAAAGGGGCAGAAGCGUACCGACGAUGGUAAAACGAAGAAGAGGCUGUAA